CAAACGAGGAUAGCCGACAUGAACCGGUUUGCGCCCGAAGAGACUUCUUUCAAGGCCCUCUUCUUUGGCAGACAUGGACAAGGCUAUCGUGCGGUGAUUAACUUAUUCUCGUUGCUGUCUAGACAUUACUCCAGAAUCAGCGGAGACGCAGAAAUAACAUGGGGACCUGAUCCCUUACUCACAUCCCUUGGCAUGGACCAAGCAAAGCAGGUUCGAGCAGCGUGUUCAGCGGAAAUCCCGCACGGGAUUCCGGUCCCACAACGUUGCUAUUCUAGUCCUCUCGAUAGGGCGCUGACCACCUGGAGGAUUACGUUGUCGGAAGAUGACAUUCUCGGCCCGCGAGAGACUAGACGUGUUUUAGUCCUCGAGGCGAGAGAGUUCAUCGCACAUUGGGAGAAACAUCAGGAUUUCCGCGAGACUUACGGUGAGCAUACAUGUGACAAGCGACAUCCCCUGAGUGUCAUACAGCAUAGCUUUCCUCCGCCAACGUAUGAGUAUGAAAUUGGCAUGAGCGAGGAAGACGUACUGUACAGAUCAGAGGAGCGCGAAUCAGAGGACCAUGUUAUAGAGCGUGCGAUAUCAGUCCUUGACAGGACCUUUGACGUGGUGGACGACACCUUUAUAUCGAUGACUGGGCAUGGCGGGAUCAUCAACGGAUUUCUGCGAGGGAUGGGCCAUGGAUACUAUUCGCUUCCUACUGGAGGUGAGUUCGAAAACCGUGUCCACAAGUGA